AUGACGCGCCGCGGGACGCUCCCGCCGGCGCUGCUUCUGCUGCUGCUAGCCGCAGCGCUGGUGGCGACAACAACCACUGUGUCCGGGCAGGGCCGGCCCGUGACCGACAGCGGCGCGGAGACGCCGCCCACGCCGUCCAGCUUCACGCCCAAGGACAGCUUCCUGAUCGACUGCGGCGGGACGGCGCCCGUGACCGCUGACGGCAAGUCGUACAAGACGGACGCGCAGGCCAACCACCUGCUCUCCGCCAACGACGCCAUCCGCGUCGCCGCCGACGACAAGGCCGACGUGCCGUCGCCGCUGUACGCCACCGCGCGGGUCUUCAAGGAGGAGGCCGUCUACAGCUUCCCGCUCACCGUGCCGGGGUGGCACUUCAUCCGCAUCUACCUCUUCCCGAUCAAGGGCGGCGACGUGGACCUCGCGUCGGCCACCUUCAGCGUCGUCACCGACGACAACGUCCUGCUGCACAGCUUUACCCCGGAGAACAAGCCGGUGAUGAAGGAGUACGUGAUCAACGCCACCGAGAACCACCUCGCGCUCAAGUUCCAGCCGCUCAAGGGCUCCGCCGCCUUCGUGAACGCCAUCGAGGUGGUGAACGCGCCCGACGAGCUCAUCACUGACUCGGCGCUGACCGUCGCGCCGCUGGGCGAGAUCACGGGCCUCGUGCACGACGCGUACCAGGUCCUGUACCGGAUCAACGUCGGCGGCCCCGCCAUCGGCCCCGCCAACGACACACUGGGCCGGCGGUGGGAGACCGACGCGGCGUACGUGCAGACCAAGGAGGCGGUGAAGGACGUGUCGGUGCCCACCAGCACCAUCAAGUUCCCCGACGGGACGUCCCGGCUGGUGGCGCCGACGCUGGUGUACGCGAGCGCCGCCAAGAUGGCGGACGCCGACGUGGGGAGCCCCAACUUCAACCUGACGUGGAAGGUGGACGUGGACCCGUCCUUCAGCUACCUGGUCCGCCUCUUCUUCGCCGACAUCGUGAGCAAGGCCACCAACGACCUCUACUUCGACGUGUACAUCAGCGGGCGCAAGACCGUGUCCGGGCUGGACCUGUCCACGGUGACCGGCGGCGAGCUGGCGGCGCCCUACUACAAGGACUUCGUGGUGAACUCGUCGUCGCUGGAGGGCGCGGACGGCAAGGGGAAGCUGAGCGUUCAGGUCGGGCCCAUGGGGCAGGACACGGGGCGGAUCGACGCGCUGCUCAACGGCAUGGAGGUGCUCAAGAUGAGCAACUCCGUGGGCAGCCUGGACGGCGAGUUCGGCGUGGACGGGCGGAAGGCCGACGACGGGAGCGGCGGGCGCAAGGCGGUGGCGGCCGUCGGGUUCGCCAUGAUGUUCGGCGCGUUCGCGGGGCUGGGCGCCAUGGUGGUGAAGUGGUACAAGCGGCCGCAGGACUGGGAGCGGCGGGAGAGCUUCUCGUCGUGGCUGCUCCCCAUCCACACGGGCCAGUCCUUCACCGCCAGCGGCAAGGGCGGGUACGGGUCCCACAAGAGCGGCAACACCUUCUCCUCCACCAUGGGCCUGGGGCGGUUCUUCUCGUUCGCCGAGAUCCAGGCCGCCACCGGGAACUGGGACGAGAAGAACAUCAUCGGCGUGGGCGGGUUCGGCAACGUGUACGUCGGCGAGAUCGACGACGGCACCAAGGUGGCGGUGAAGCGCGGGAGCGCCGAGUCGGAGCAGGGCAUCAACGAGUUCAACACGGAGAUCCAGAUGCUGUCCAAGCUGCGGCACCGCCACCUGGUGUCCCUCAUCGGCUACUGCGACGAGAACCAGGAGAUGAUCCUGGUGUACGAGUACAUGCACAACGGCGUGUUCCGGGACCACAUCUACGGCAACGAAGGGGUGACGCCGCUGCCGUGGAAGCAGCGGCUGGAGAUCUGCAUCGGCGCCGCCAGGGGCCUGCACUACCUGCACACGGGCACGGCGCAGGGGAUCAUCCACCGCGACGUCAAGACCACCAACAUCCUGCUGGACGACAACUUCGUGGCCAAGGUGUCGGACUUCGGGCUGUCCAAGGACGGGCCCGGCAUGAACCAGCUCCACGUCAGCACCGCCGUGAAGGGCAGCUUCGGGUACCUGGACCCGGAGUACUUCCGGUGCCAGCAGCUGACGGACAAGUCGGACGUCUACUCCUUCGGCGUGGUGCUGCUGGAGGCGCUGUGCGCGCGGCCGCCCAUCGACCCGCAGCUGCCCCGGGAGCAGGUCAGCCUGGCGGAGUGGGGCAUGCAGUGGAAGCGCAAGGGCCUCAUCGAGAAGAUCAUGGACCCCAAGCUCGCCGGCACCGUCAACCCGGAGUCGCUCGCCAAGUUCGCCGAGACCGCCGAGAAGUGCCUCGCCGAGUUCGGCAGCGACCGCAUCUCCAUGGGCGACGUGCUGUGGAACCUCGAGUACGCGCUGCAGCUGCAGGACGCCAACCCGCCCGAGGGCGCGCAGCAGGACGGGGAGGACGGCGCCGCGGCCGAGGGCGGCGGCGGAGGCGCCGUCGUCCCCGCGGCCAGCGCCUCGGGCGGCGGCGUGCCCGACGCGUCCACCACCGCCGCCGGGGAGCUCUUCCAGCAGCUCGCCGACAUGAAGGGGAGGUGA